ACGACUCUCCCAGCUAACCGACUGACGCGUAGUUGAUUCGGUCUCGGCAUUCUGGAUGCUUACCCUUUAUUAAGUAGUGGGUUAGCCUAUAUCUUGACCAACGUCGCAAGUAAGUCUUGUUGUCCAAAGCAUUGCCAAUAACCCAACGACCACCACAAGAUAUACCUAUACCGAUAUAACUAUACAAAUACUCUCAUAAACUUCAAAAUGGCCACCACAACCGGAACAGUGACCGAGACUCUCCCUCCGAUAUGGGGACAGAAGGCAGACCCGGCCGAGGAGUUGGUCGAGAAUGCUCUCAAGGUCAACACCAAGCCUCUCUGGACGCAGAUGGCACGGUUGAACCCUCCAGAGCCCAAUCCUAAGUGUGUGCCGUUCAUUUGGCGGUACGACGAGGUCAGGCCGAGUCUCCUCAGGGCGGGAGAAAUAGUCACAGAGCAGCAAGCUGAGAGACGGGUGCUGAUGUUGGUCAAUCCCGCCAGAGAUGCCCCUUACACCACAGACACCUUGUACGCGGGACUGCAGCUGGUCAUGCCCAACGAGACAGCCCGCGCGCACCGCCACACGGCCUUCGCCAUGCGCUUCAUCAUCGAGGGCCAGGGCGGCUUCACGGCGGUACACGGCAAGCGCAUCACCAUGCAGCGCGGCGACGUCAUCCUCACACCCACAUGGAACUGGCACGACCAUGGCAAGGACGGUUCGGGACCCAUGAUCUGGCUCGACGGCCUGGAUCUGCCCAACUUCAUCCACUUCCCCGUGCAUUUCGUCGAGCACUUCAACCAGCCGCGAUACCCGGCCGAGGACGUGGACUCGAACACGAGCCCGAUCGUGUUCCCAUGGAAGGCGAUGCAGAAGAAGCUCGACGAGAAGAAGGGCGACUGGGCCGAGGAGGAUUAUCUGAAGGAGGACGGAAGGCCAGUCUCAAAGAUCCUCGGCGGUGCUGCGGAACGUCUGAAUGCAGGCUGCACAUCGCCCGCCGUGAGAGAGACGGCGUCGUCCGUCUACCACGUGGUCCAGGGCCAGGGAUACAGCGACAUCAACGGGCAAAAAUUCCACUGGAAGCAGGGCGACACCUUCUGCGUGCCCGCCUGGAACAAGUACCAGCACACCGCGGCCGAAGGAUCAGAGCCAGUCUACCUGUACAGGUUUCACGACAAGCCCAUGUUGAAGUCACUUGGGUUUUAUCGUGUAGAAGGGGUCGAUGUGGAGAGUUUGGUAUCUGAUUAAAUGUGCAGCCGUCCUUGGAUAUGUAGACGGAUAUUGCUGAACGUUGUACCGCACUAUAGUAAACUGGAAUAGGUGUAUCUGAUCAUUUGCUGGUCAUUAGUGGAUGUCAUUAAGCAGUAUUGCUUGA